AUCAAUGAAUGGAUUUCUAACUCAAUUUUGACUCUCGAAAAACUCUACAUGACAGCAGCACCAUCACCCAUUCCCUUCCUCAACUCGUACAUAAAACCCGGUGCAUACAUUCCCAUCUACCAUUCCCCAUCCACACAUCACCACUCCUCCCAUUUCCUCUACAAUUCACAAUGCAUCCUCACUUCACCACCACCAUCUCCAUCUGGCUCUCAUCCACCACCACAGCCCUCACCUACAGCAUCCCCUCCAACCUAGCCCAAAUCUACAACGACCACAAGUCCACCCACUGCACCAAACCCCUCGCCACCGGCUUCACCGACGGCCAAACCAGCUCCCCCACUUUCACCUACUGCGGGGACAUCCCCAACGCCAUCUUCCUGCACAGCAGCAGCAACCAAUACGACAACAUGGACAUUGAUUGUGACGGGACCAACCCUAACAGCGGCAACUGCGGGAAUGAUCCCUCCAUCCAACCCCAAACUACCUUCCAAGAUCAGGUCAGUCAAUAUGGGAUUAGUGAUCUAGACGCGAAUGUCCAUCCGUAUGUGGUAUUCGGGAAUACGGACUUUGAUCCCCAGGGGAGUGGGAUGGAGCCGUUGAGCGUUAUGGCUGUUGUUUGUGGGGGGGAGGUGGUAUAUGGAAUCUGGGGCGAUACGAACGGCGGUGACGCGACAGGGGAAGCGUCAAUAGCCCUAGCGGAAUUAUGUUCCCCUGGUACAGGCAUCACCGGGGAUAAUGGCCAUACGGCGGACGAUGUAAUGUAUAUAGGAUUCACGGGAAAGGAGGCAAUUCCGGGAAAUACAGCGGAUUGGAUGGCUGGGAAUAAGGAGGAUUUUGAGGAUAGUAUUAGGGGCAUUGGGGAGAGGUUGGUUGGUGGGUUGGUUUCUUAGUCAGACGAAUGAAUGGCUUCACCCGAUGUACUUAUGGAAUAUCCCUAGUGAAGAGCCUGGAUAUGAAUGAAGAUACAGAAUGGG